AUGGUCUUGCCCUUAAUCAUCGGUAGCGGAGUGACUAUCGUCGCCCUCACAUUGAGAUCCGGAUUACGUGCAUGGACCAUUUACAAAUCCUUAUCACCAAUAACUAUCGCCAGGAUGAAUAAUAUCCGUAUACAACAGUCCCAAAUCCAAUAUCCAUGGAAAUUUCAAAGUACUCAAUUGCCCUCUGAUUUGAAAAGGCAAUUAGAUCAAUACCAAGGUGGGUUCUACGAGAGAAUGUCUGAACCAGAAGCUUUGUUAAUUUUGAACAUAUCCGCUAAAGAAGUGAACCAUUUAGAUGAGAAAUUCCUCAACAAGAAACAUCGCAAGGCUAUGUAUAUGAAUCAUCCAGAUAAAGGUGGUAGCCCCUACUUGGCUAUUAAGAUUAAUGAAGCUAAAGAUGUGUUAAUGCAUAGUGUCUUAUUAAGAAAACGAUAG